AUGCUCCAGCGUACAGGAUCCGGAUCUGCCCCAUCUGGGGACACUGCUAUUCCUCCCUCGGCGGUCAUCUCGGCAUCAGUACCUCUACCAACAGCAUCUUCUUCUUCAGCAGGAGGUCUUCCUCCUCCAUCUCUUUCUCCUUCCCAGACCCCAUCUCCUCCUCUUCCCUCCGCUAUCCAACUUCCUCAGAUCUUGUCUCCCAGUCCAAGACCCACGAAGAUCAAGACCUUCUCUAUCUCCUACCAGCUCCCCUUACCGUCAGGCCACCCGCAGAAAUCUCUCGUCUCGUCUUCGCCCGUCUCGCCGAUCCCUGCAAAGGACAUCUCCCUCUCUAUGAUUACCGAUUAUCCUUAUCCAUCCUAUACCCGGAAGGCUUGCGAAGAAUGCUUUGGCCUCGGAUACGUCCAACGGAUUUGCCAGGAAUGUCUUCGUGACCGACACCGUCAGCAGAGUCGUCGUCGGAUGAAACAUACCUCCCUCCCGAACGCGUGGAACCAGUUUGGAACCAAGAUCAAGGAACAGCUCUUUUCUCAUUCGUCCACCACCAUGGCUGCGGCUGUUUCGAGUAAUGCGACUACUGUCCUUGAGACGCCAGCAGCUGCAACGACAGCUACAAUUGCUACAACUACUGGGACUAACGGGAACGCGUCGUCGACAUCGCCACCCUUUUCAUCCUCCAUGUUUUUUCCCCUGCAGCGACGCAACACCUCUGCUAAUGCUCGAACCGGAGAAAUUACUUUGCCGACAGCAACAACAGCAAAGUCAGGAAUCGCUGGACUUUCGCUCAAGAACAAGUGGCAGAGUCAGCAACGAUCCAAGAGCAUGGUCUCACUGCCCCUAACCACCAACCCUCCGUCAUUGUCUGGACACUCUUCUUCCCCUACGACGCCCACAGCAGUAGUACCAACGUCGUCAUCGUCAUCGGUUCCCUCGACUGCUCUCACUGGUACUGCGUCUUUGUCAUCUGCAUCAAAUGCGAUGAUCGCCAUGACUGGGACGACGACCAUCAUUACUGCCGGAUCUGGAGCUGGAAUGGGUUUGAGACCUGUGGGUGAUAGUGAAUGUGAAGGAACAGAGUCCACGGACUGGAGGAACCUCAACAGCAGCAGCGAUACCACAAGCGAGGAGGGGGACAACGACGAUGCGGAUGUUGAUGGCAGAGAGGGUAAAGGGAAGAAAGUAAUUGGAAACGGCGAGUCUACGAUCAACAACAGCAACAACAACAACAGCCAGCUGAUACCAACAACAACAGUGAGAAAGUCGUUCAAGGCGACUGUCAUGGGGGCGCUCAAACUCCCCAACCUCAACCUGUUCCAAGGACACCUCCGCAGCACAACCACCUCAACAACCACUCUCUCUAACAAUACCAAUAACAACAAUGAUAAUAGCAGGAGCAGGAGGAUGGUUAAGGGAGCAGGUAUUAGUGGGAGCAUGAACCACUCGGACAGAGUUUCAGGUGGCUUCAACUCGUUUUCCAAGCUGGCCCCUACAAGAGACCGGCAGACGGCCAUCGACGGUUACUUCGAACCGAUAAACGAAAAAACUGAUGUUGAACAGCGCCUCCAGUCGGAAAUGAGCGGUUAUAUUCCUUCCUCCAACCAAGAUAUGACGGAUGCUACUGCGAUGCAAAGUGACGCGCCGCUUUACCAUGCAGUACCAGCAUCCCCUGCACCAUUUUCCAACUCGGAUGAGGACUCACUGUGGUCAUAUGAGGAGCGCAAACUCCAUGACGAUGAUUUCUAUCAAGACUUUGGUGGGGCUCAAACCGUUCCGGUUUUGAACACCAAACUCAAGAACGCGACCUGCAGCAAUUCAGUUAGGUCAGGAAAGAAAAUCGGUGUAACUUUUUGCAAGGACCCUUCCAAGGUGUUCUCUGGUUCUAUUCGUAUGCAGUCCAUCCUCUUUGCGAGAAAUAUUGCUCAACUUGCCAGUACAACCGAGUUGACUGGAAAGAGAUCCUCUGACCACGCUGCCACAUGGGACGAAAUCGAGCAUACUCUCAAGGGAGCUUACCGAGGUCUCUGUCCCAAGCAAGCUUAA